AUGAAUAUAGGGUAUUUAUUUGAUUGAACUAAAUUAGAAAGUAUUCACCUUAUGGGAAAUUGACAGAAGAAGAAACAAGAAGAAGGAUAGUUGAAUAAUUAGCAUUACCAUAAAUGUACAAGUUAAGAAUAGUACAUAGAGAUUUUAAAUUAACUAAUAUAUUAUACUAAGUAUAUAAUAUAAUUAAAGUAUCAAAUAAUUUAUUUAAGUAAGUUCAUUUAUAAAAUAGCUUAGAUUACUUUGGCAGAUUUUGGAUUUGAAAAGUACAUGGAAGACGAUUAAUAUUUAACAUCUUUAUUGUGAUACUCCAUUGAUAAUGGUUCGGAGAUUCUAUAAAUUAAAUAAUAUAAUGAGAAAUGUCAGUUGGAGUUAUUAAUUAUCAAAUGAUUUAAAAAAUAUCUCCAUUUAUUCUACCUAAGGGUGGAAAUAUAAUUGA